CAUCUCAUUAUUAUUAAGAUUUCUUCACAAUAAUCCAAAAGGAUCAAUCCAGUAUAAUCCUUUUUCAUUCAUUCCCUCAUUUUCCCAAUUCUAUAAUAAUAUACAACAAAGUUUUAUAAAACGUACGUACAAUACUAAUACUAAUGGAGUUUUUCAAUAAGGCCAAAGUUGUAAGACUUAAGAGCCACCUUAACAAGUUUUUGGUGGCAGAUGAGGAUGAACAAACCGUACGACAAAGUAGAAAUGGCUCAUCGGUUCGAGCCAGAUGGACCGUAGAAACGGUGGAAGGCAAGAGCCAUAGCAUUCGUCUUAGAAGCUGUUCCUCAGGGAAAUAUCUAACUCCUUCAAUGGAGCCAUUUUUGACUGGGAUGACUGGAAAGAAAGUUGUGUUAGAUAUCCAAGCCAAUAAGAGAGAUACAUCUGUCGAAUGGGAGCCGAUCAAGGAAGGCGAGUUCGUCAAGUUGAGGACCAAAGGCGGAAAGUUUUUGAGGGGUAAUGGGGGCACGCCCCCUUGGCGAAAUUCUGUUACUUAUGACUUGCCUGUACGGACCGCGACGCAGGAUUGGGUGUUGUGGGUUGUUGAGGUGGUCGAUUUGGAGUCGUUGGAGAGUAAUUUGUCGACGAUGUCGAGUUUUUCGUCCGUGCCCGAUGUUGACCGGGUUCCGGGUGAAGGUCCGAGGGGCUCGGUUUCGUGUAAUGGGUCACCACUCGCAAGCGGUAGACUACAGAGCGGUAUGGAGUUUUUUCAUAGAGCAAAAAUGGUUAGACUACAGAGUCAGCAUAACAAGUACAUGGUAGCCGAUGACGAUGAAGAAACGGUUAGGCAAAGCCAUAACGCGUCAUCUUCGAGAGCCCGUUGGACCGUUGAGUAUGUGGAAGGAAAUCCGAAUGUUAUAAGGCUAAAGAGUUGUCAUGGGUUAUACCUUAGCGCGACAAACGAGUCUUUUCUACUUGGUUUGACUGGAAAAAAGGUACAACAAUAUUCGGCUCAAAGGAAACCAGACCAUACUACGGAAUGGGAACCUAUAAAGGAAAGCACGCUCUAUGUUAAGCUUCGUACGAGGGAUGGAAAGUUCUUGAGGGCAAAUAGCGGUCCUCCACCUUAUAAGAACUCGAUCACACACGAUAUACCUCAUCGAACUGCCACACAAGAUUGGGUUUUGUGGGGGGUUGAUGUUGUUGAUAUUUCGUUGUCUGAUACAGAUUCUGUAAUGAGUUCGGUAUCUAGUUUUUCGUCUGUGGUGGAGGACUACUCGGGGUCACCAGAAAUCGAGACCCCGAGAAGAAGUUUGCUAUCACAAAACAGUGGAUCAUCUUUGCCAGUUGCGGUCUCUAGCUCUUUCAAAGAUAAAGCAGCAAAACUGAGCAGCGGAAUGGACUUCUUCAGAAAAGCAAAAACCAUUAGGCUUAAAAGCCACCACAACAAGUAUCUACUAUCCACAAAAGAUGGUGAAAAUGUGUUGCAAGACCGUAACGCGACAACAAAACAAUCCAUUUGGACAAUUGAGUUUGUUACCGGUUUUGAUAAUGUCGUUAGAUUAAAAUCCAUGGAUGGGAAGUACCUCACAGCAUCUGAAGAUCAAACAAUGCUGGGUACUGGUCGUAAAGUUGUCCUAACUUCGCCACAAAAACUAAAUUCAUCGCUAGACUGGGAACCUAUACGUGAUGGGUUCCAUGUUUUAUUGAAAACACGUUAUGGGAAUUAUUUACGGGCUAAUAGUGGGUUACCUCCUUGGAGAAACUCGGUUACUCAUGAUAUACCUUAUACACAUCAUGAUUGGAUAUUGUGGGAUAUUGAAACUGUUGAAGCCAGAAUAGAGGAAAAGGAGCCACAACCUGAAUUGGUUGAUUCGGAUUUGGAUUCUGAUUUUGACUCGUUUUCUCUUAGGACACCUAAGUCGGGUUCUGCUGAGGUUGGUGGUUUUUGGGAGAGUAAUAAUAAUAAGGCUGUAAAGAGUGAAGGGAGGAUGGUGUACUAUACAGUGGUUGACGAUGAUGGGAAUUCUGGGGAUGAUGCUUAUGCAGAAAUGUCAUUGGUAUUCAAGGGGAAUGGGUUAGCGGAUUUGACUGGAAUUUUGAAAGAACAAACAGGGUUAGAUGAUAUAGUUAUUUGCUCAAGGAACCCACUGAAUGGCAAGCUUUUCCCUUUGCGGUUAGCAUUGCCACCAAACCACACGGUCAUGCACGUUGUUGUAGUUCCUUCUACUUCCAAAGUUGCAUUAGGAUUUUAGCCGGUCUCAACAUGAAAAAAGCAGACUGCAGAUGUUAUGUACAAAGCUUUAUGGAACCUGGUUGGACACACUUAUUCAAGUGAUCAUGCAUUAGAAGUUACCAAAGAGUUUGAAUAAUGAUGAUGAAGCAAACCCAUUGUACUGCUAUCGUGGGAUUAUAUUUAAGCCCGAUGGCUUUCUGUGGUGUAUUUCUCAUGAUUUGUGGCUAGAUAUCAGGCUUUUUUACUACCAAAACGAUUAGCGUUUAUUUUGUUUUUGUUUUGGUUCAAGCUUACUGUAUGCUAUCUGUGGACUUGAACAUAUUACUGUAAUUAGCAGAGUUACAUUAUGCAUAUUCUAUUUAUUGAUUUUAUUUGAUUCUAGAAGCAACUUCCAUUUGGAUGCCUUCCAAAUAUGUAAUCCUAUGGUUUGUAUAGUUAUGAUUCAAAUGUUA